AUGUACAGGAGUAGCUACCUGCGUGAAAUUCGCAAGGAGAAGUAUGAAAGGUCGGAUGCUUAUGAGGAACUGCCAGAAUCGCCAGAAUUUGGCAGCCUGGCUCAAGCCCAAGGCCUGGAAAACCUGCAGGAGCUCAACGAGCGGUUCACCAACUACAUCAACCGGGCUCGGGUACUUGAACAACGCAAUGCCAUCUUCCGCAAGCAGCUGGAAACCUUUCAGCGCAUGGAUGAGCUGGCUGGGCUGGAAGAGGUGUUUGCUGCUCAGGUUGAUCUCAAUCGCCAGCGUGUUCGCGAACUGGCCUCGGACAGAGCAAAGCUGGAACGUGAAGAGAAGGAUGCUCAGCGCAUGCUGGAUGAAUUCCGUAACAAAUACCGAAAUGAAUGUGAGUACCAGCAGAUGCUGAAAGCUACUCUCGAGCGGCUUAACAAGGAAGCUGAUGAAGCUUUGCUGUGCAAUUUGGAAUUACAGAUUGAAUCCCAGUUCUUGCAGGAUGAUGUUAAUGCCACGAAGGACAGAUACAAGAAGAACCUCAUGGAAAUACAGACCUACGUCAGCAUUUUACAACAGAUCAUGCAAACCACGCCCCGGGUGUCCACCAUGGCAGCUGGAGUCAGUGAGGAGAAGCUGAUAACCGAAAGGAGGAUACCAAUUCUUCAGGGCCAGUUAGAAGAGUACAAGAGCAUCCUUUGCCAGCUCCAGGCUCAGAAAGUGAAACUGCAGACAGAGACAACGAUGCUGGAACAGACUAUUAAGCAUACCCAGGAGAGCUACGAUGACGAGAUCCAGCUGUAUAACGAGCAAAUUGACACUCUGAGGAAGGGCAUAGAAGAUGCAGAGAGGACCUUGGAAAAAUACACCAGUGACUGCCGCCAGCUCUCCAUCUAUAAGCAGUCCCUGGAGAGUGAGCUGGAGCGCUACAAACGCAUUAUUGAAAAUGAAGAUAGCAGGUUGAAUUCUGCCAUUGUUGGAACCCCUGUAACCCUCUUCACACAGACUUACAGACCCUCGCAAAUUCCAGCCCCGAGAGGGAGAGACAUCACACUGGUCAUCCAAGACUUUGCUAGUGCAAAGGUGAGACAAAGAAGUCUGCCCAAAAAAAUGUUGCGGAGGAAGGAGAUCACAUCCAGGGACCUUGGCAAUGGUGCCUCCUCAUCAGAAAAAAUGUAUGACCGACCUCUCGAAGGCUUUGAUAAAGAUCAGCUGGAUAUCAAACAUGAGGGAUUUGUGGUAACCAGUGAACAUGGGCAUGAUGAUGUAGUGGGAGAAAUCGAGAGAGAGAGAGCUGAGGAGGACGUGCCAGAUGGCGCCCAGAUAAGCAAAGCUUUUGAUAAACUGUGCAAUAUAGUGAGAGAGAGAAUUAGAGGCUACCAGAGACCAGAACCCAAGACUGACUUUUAUACUAAAGGACGUUAUGUACUUGUCACAGGAGAGGGAAGCUACGAAGACCCCAACUUCCUUUCUUCAUCCUUUCCUUCUGGAGGUGAGAUCACAGUUUCUGAUAGCGAAGGAAAGAUGCCAGGUGGGGAUGACAUAGAGCCGAUCCCGGAGCUGCCCAAACCAUCUGAGCAUGACAAAAAUCAAUUUGAGGUGCAAGAGUGGUCCAAGGUGCAAGAAGACAUAACAUACGAAUACAGAUCAGAAGCCAAAGAGAAGGAAGAUGUAUCCAAACAGUGGAGAAAGCCUGCAGAAGAAGAUGAAGGGCCCUCCAAAGAGACAAGCCUUGUGGCACCUGAAUCAGCUCCUACAGCAGAUCUGAGUGACCGAACAGAAGCAGGGAUUUACACAGACCAAGAGUCUGGCAGGCAAACCGCCCUGCCUUUCAAAGAACUGAGCCCUCCAAGCACCAUGAGUUACGAGAAGGUAGAAGUGGUGGAAUCCAUCGAGAAGUUCUCUGAUGACAAAAUUCAGACUUAUGAAGAAACUGCAAUGAUUGUGGAGACCAUGAUUGAGAAGACCAGCAAAAAGAAACUGGGAGACAAGAGCUGUUAA